GGUUGCUACUGCUAAAGCUAAUACAAUAGCUCAUGCUUCUCUGAAGACCUGGUGUUAGGCCUGCCUGCUGAGGCUCAAGAAAAUACCCCCAGAUACUGUGGAUUAUUUUUACUGACACACCAUUCUUACUUUCCUCAAGAUGACAAACAGCUCUCUCUCCUGCCCAGUUUACAAUGUUCUGAAGCCAUUCCCAUAUUUCUUUUAUUUAGUUUUCCUUGUUGGAAUUAUUGGAAGUUGUUUUGCAGCUUGGACUUUCAAACAGAACACUAUCAAUCAGAAGUGUAUAAGUAUAUACUUAAUUAAUCUGCUUACAGCCGAUUUUCUACUCACUCUGGCUUUACCAGUAAAAAUCACUGUUGACCUGGGUGUGGCACCCUGGAAGCUAAGGAUAUUCCACUGCCAAGUAACAGCCUGCCUCAUCUACAUUAAUAUGUACUUAUCAAUUAUCUUCCUAGCAUUUGUCAGCAUUGAUCGCUGUCUUCAGUUGACACACAGCUACAAAAUUUAUCGAAUACAAGAACCUGGAUUUGCCAAAAUGAUAUCUACAGUUGUGUGGCUAAUGAUCCUUCUUAUAAUGGUGCCAAACAUAAUGCUCCCCAUCAAACAUAUUGAUGAAAAGCCAAAUGUGGGUUGCAUGGAAUUCAAACAGGAGUUGGGGAGAAAUUGGCAUUUGCUGACAAAUUUCUUAAGUUUAGCAAUAUUUUUAAAUUUCUCAGUCAUCAUUUUAAUAUCUAACUGCCUCGUGAUUCGACAGCUGUACAAAAACAAAGAUAAUGAAAAUUAUCCAAAUGUGAAAAGAGCUCUCAUCAACAUACUCUUAGUGACUGGUGCCUAUGUCAUAUGUUUUGUUCCUUAUCACAUUGUUCGAAUCCCAUACACCCUGAGUCAGACAGAAGUCAUAACUGACUGUCCGACCAGGAUUUCUCUCUUCAAAGCCAAAGAGGCCACUCUGCUCCUGGCUGUAUCAAACCUCUGUUUUGAUCCAAUACUAUACUAUCAUCUCUCACAAUCAUUCCGCCUGAAAUUCACUGAGACUUUCACUUCAAAUACGGAGAUGAAGACUAAGGAAGAAAAAUCAAGUUGUGAAGACAAGGAAUAAAUUAUGAAAUCAUCAUACUAUUACUAUUACUUUUUGACUGACUGGAUGAUAAGUAGAAAAAUACAUAGAAAAAGAAAAAAGAA